GGGAAUAUCUCAAAUGACUUGGUGGAAUAUUUGUCGGAAUGCAAAGCAGUCAACUAAAUAUUCUCAACUACUUUCAAUAUUCAGUACUGAAGAUUAUAUUGUUCAAUAUGUGCCAAAGCGUCGUUCUCAUUUUAUUUCUACUGAAGACGCUUUCGGAAGACAAGACUCUCAACAAGAGAAACCUAAACCUUCAGUCUAUCGCACUAGACAUCGAGGAAUGGAAGUCAUCCAAGAUCCUUUUACGAAUAGAGGUGCAGCUUUUAGUUGGGAUGAGCGUGAAAGACUAGGGAUACGGGGUUUAGUACCUCCCAAAGUCCAAUCCUUUGAUGUACAAGCCGAGAGAGUUCUUAGUCGAGUAGACGCACUUCACGACCCGCUCAACAAAUACGACUUUUUGGUGUCCUUACUUGACCGCAAUGAAACUCUUUUUUAUCGAGUGCUGACUGAUCACUUUCAGAAAAUUGCGCCAAUCAUUUAUACUCCUACUGUUGGUUUGGCUUCUCAGAAAUCGCAAGUUAUUUUUAGAAGGCCGAGAGGGAUGUACUUUUCUAAAUAUGAUCGAGGUUGCAUGAAUACUAUGGUUUACAACUGGCCUCAAGAUCAAGUUGAUGUCAUCGUUGUUACAGAUGGCAGCCGUAUUCUGGGGUUAGGUGACCUUGGUGCAAAUGGUAUUCAGAUUCCGAUUGGCAAGUUGGCUUUAUAUGUUGCUGGUGGUGGUAUCGAUCCACGUCGAGUACUGCCAGUCGUUUUGGAUGUAGGAACGAAUAAUGAAGCAUUGAGGAAGGAUCCUUGGUAUCUAGGAAUCGCUGAACCUCGUAUCACUGGCGAUGAGUAUUUUCGUUUUGUGGAUGAGUUUAUGGAGGCUGUCUAUUCAAGAUGGCCACAAGUGAUGGUUCAGUUUGAAGAUUUUGCCAAUCCAGUGGCUUAUCCAUUGUUAGAAAUGUAUCGCGAUAAAUAUCUUUGCUUCAACGAUGAUAUUCAAAGUACUGGAAGUAUUGCUUUGGCAUCCAUUUUGGCAUCUUUGCGAGUGAGAGGACUUGCUACAAAAGAUAUUGUUAAGGAACGAAUUGUUUGUAUGGGUGCAGGUAGUGCAGGUUUGGGUGUAUGUGAAACGAUUAUUCAGUGCAUGGAAACAGAAGGUUUACGUUCACAUCAAGCAUAUCGUCAAUUUUGGUUGUUGGAUGAUAAGGGUCUUCUUGGUAGAGGUAGAGUGGGUUUGACUCCGACUCAAGCUCGAUUUGUAAGAGACGACUUACAAGAUGGCAGUAGCUUAGAAGAAGUUGUCCGAAUAGUGAAGCCUACCAUUCUUUUGGGUUUAAGUGGUGCUGGAGGCGUAUUUACGGAAACUGCAAUUCGUGAAAUGGCAAAACAUGUGGAAAAACCUGUCAUCUUUCCACUUUCCAAUCCAGUCGACCAUGCCGAAUGUACCGCCUCACAAGCUAUCGAAUGGACAGAUGGACGUGCUAUUUUUGCUAGUGGAAGUCCAUUUGAUGACGUUGAAUAUCAGGGAAAAAUAUAUCCCAUCAAUCAAUGUAACAAUGUAUACAACUUCCCGGGUAUGGGUUUGGCAGUAACUGCCUGUCGUAUUUCACAUAUUACAGAUGAUAUGUUUCAAGCAGCAGCCAGACGCAUCUCCAGUUUGAGUGGAGAGGAUAAGGAACGAUUGUUUCUACCUUUGUCAGACCUUCGAAAAGUUUCCUUACAAGUUGCUACAGCGGUUGCUGAAGUUGCUUAUGAAGAAGGACUUGCAACUGCAGAACCUCCUAGGAAGAUGACCCUGCAUCAGUAUCUGCUUUCUCAUAUGUGGCAACCACAGUAUGCACCGUUAGUACCUCUCUGAUCUCAUAUGUUUAGUAAUAAAGGCAAAUAUUUUUUCAUCUUUUAUUCAUAAAGACCAGAAAAUCGAA